CGUACGGCGGAAGGGCAGGUGCAACGCCAGACCCCAGCGGCAGUAUCACAACACCCGUCACCAGCGCGGAGGGGAACGGCUACCGAGGCUGCAGACAGGCCUGCUGAUACGUUUUCGGUCGGAGGAAACACAGCCCUCGGUCUUUGUGUUGCCGGAGAGUCUGCGGGGCCGUCGACAUGACUCUGAACCAGAACCACUCGGAGUCCGGCGGAGUCAUCAUCAACAACAGUGAAGGACCAAGUCACCGCAGUUGACAUGAUUUAAUGGCAUCGGCAGAUUCUUCUAGAACACACGGCAGCGCCAUAGCCAAGCCAUCGCGGCUAACUCAGAACCAGAAAUGAGCUCUGUCACUAAAUGGCAUCGUGUUGAUGAACUAUGAAAACGUGGAGCUGGUUUUCUGUGAUGCAGACAGUCUGCCCGAAGCCUUCCGAAAGAGCAAAAAGGGCAGCAUCUACCUAACUCCAUACAGGGUGAUCUUUCUGGCUAAAGGCCGGGAUGCACUGCAGUCUUUCAUGAUGCCCUUCUACCUGAUGAAGGGCUGUGAGGUCAAGCAACCUGUAUUGGGAGCCAAUUACAUCAAGGGCAACGUCAACGCAGAGCCUGGAGGUGGCUGGGAGGGCAGUGCGUCUUUCAAGCUCGUCUUUGCUGCUGGAGGAGCUAUAGAGUUUGGCCAGUGCAUGCUGCAGGUUGCAGCUCAGGCGUCCAGAGGCCAGCCAGUGACUUCUGGGUUUGUUGGAUGCCCGUACAUGGCCAACGGAGCCUACGCUUACCCUCCUCCCCCUGCUAACGGGAUGUACCCAUCUGGACCCCCCCCUGGCUACUCCUACCCCAACCCUCCUCCUACAGGUGGAUUCUACCCCAGCCCUCCAGCGUUUGAUGCCUCUGCAGGCUACAUACCUCCGCCUCCAUAUUCAGCUCCUGUGGGCCAGCAGCCGCCCCAUGACCCAGACCUCCCCUCCUCAGCAGCGGCGGAGGCCAAAGCAGCUGAGGCAGCAGCAAGUGCCGGAUCUGCCACGCUGCCUCCUACACAUGUGUACCUGCCACAGGACAAGCCUCCUCCGUACUCCCCUCCAGAGGAGAAGAAGAACCAGUAGACUGGCUUGAUCCUGUAUCCUCUAUCCUACUGGAUCACCUUGUUUCUCAUUCAAUUAACUGGGCAUCAAGAAGGCCAAAGUUUCCUUUUUUUAACAUUAUCCCCCCUUUCUCUUUUUCCUAUUCCUCUUCCAAUGCAUCCCCUUCGGUCUUACCCCUCUCAUUCCAUUGCUUUCCCACCUUAGCCUAAACCUUUUACAUUCCUUUUAAUAAUUCAUUUAUUAUAAUCAGUUUUAUUCUCCUGGGAAGCACCUUUUAUCUGAUGGAAAUUAGAAGUUUUAGUAGCAAUCUUUGAGAGAGAACAGAGGAAGUUUGUUCAGGCCAAAGGGGGGUCAGGAUUUUUGGGGUUUUUUUCAAUGUAGUUGAUGAAAACUUUGCAACCUGACCAGCUAUUUUAGCAACUUUUGCCUUGUAGGUGUCCCCAGAAUCAUACUGCCACCCUUAACUUUAGAUUCAGCUAUGCUGUGAAACUUACUUUUCAUUUUCUAUGACUGUCUAUUAAACUAGACUCAAUCUAAUGAUGUUGUUAAUUACUUUGCUAACCAAUCCAGAGGUAAGCUGAAUGCAGUCUUUUAUUUUUCUAUCAUUUGUGUGUACAGGCUUUUAAUACGUAGACUUUUCAAAUGAGAUAUUUUCUCAAGAACACUAACCUAUAGAAAAACUAGCUUUUGUAAAGAGAGCAGCUUGCAGGGUGGCCUGAUCUGCUUUGACAUGUUGUAGUGGAUGAGAGGACGACAAAGAUUACAGCAGCGUCGAGCCCCGGCAGUGAAUCCCUGAUCCUGGAUUAGAUUAGAGAGUGAGGGCGGCCAGGACCCGGGGGGGGGGCGUCGGCGUCGGCGGCGUACUGCCGGGAGGGAUUAUCUUUAUUAUGUGCAAGAGCAGAGCAGUCACCCAAUGACAUCACUUCCUGUUUUGUCAUGCCUCUGAACAUUCGAGAAAACACAUGAUCGGAUUCACUGCCAGCCUGCUUCACCAUUCAUUCUACUGACAUACAUUUUAAACAUUAUAAAUGGACCAUUAGAGGAUUUUUCAGUGUUUCUACUUUCCGUGGUUGUGAUCUUUAGUCUCCAGUUCGAGGUCAGUCUCUGAGUCUGAUCUGAGCACCUCAGUAUCUGAGCCUCUGCUCUUCCUUCCUCUGUGGUCACUGUCCUAUAUACUGUAUCUGUGGCACAUCUGUGGCUGAUUCUUUGCACUAUCAGAAUGCUAUGCAUUGGGCUCCCGUUUGCUCUGUCAUGGCUGUGUAUUAUAAUAAUAAUAAUAAAGCUGUAUUUAUUUCAAACAAAUUUAUUGAAUAAUUAAUGUAAAAUGGCUCAAGUAAGAAAACAAAGCAUGAUCUCAGUUAAUGCAUGUAUGCAUUGGAUUGGAUUUUAUUAAAUGGAUCUUGAUUCAUGUGGAA